AUGUGGCAGUUCAAUUUUUGAAAUAAUAAAACGGAACAAGAUGAGGUUGAAGAAGCAUUCCAGUGCUGAAGCGGUGUAGCCAUGGCCUUCACAAUCACAUCACAGUUUCUUCUUCUUUUUCAUAUCCUCUCUCUCACCGUCUUCAUCAUCGUUCCCUCUUCGCUUUCACAAUUCAACCAGUUUUGCGAUGCUGGAGUUGGAUUCGGGGAAACCGCAUGUGGAGCUGGAAUUUCAUCAUCUAAGCUGUUGAUCAAGGGAGGCACGGUUGUGAACGCUCACCACCAACACGUUGCCGAUGUUUACGUGGAGGAUGGUGUCAUUGUUGCCCUCAAUCCUGAUAUCAAGGUUGGAGAUGAGGUUACUGUCAUAGAUGCCACUGGCAAGUUUGUUAUGCCAGGGGGCAUUGAUCCUCACACCCACCUAGAGUUUGAUUUUAUGGACACUACAACUGUAGAUGACUUCUUCAGUGGUCAGGCGGCAGCAUUAGCUGGUGGGACAACAAUGCACAUUGACUUUGUUAUACCACUUAAUGGGAGUUUAACAGCUGGUUUUGAAGCUUAUGAAAAGAAGGCAAAGAAGUCUUGCAUGGAUUAUGGUUUCCAUAUGGCUAUUACCAAAUGGGAUGAAACUGUGUCAAGAGAAAUGGAGCUCAUGGUCAAGGAGAAAGGUAUCAACUCUUUUAAGUUUUUCAUGGCAUACAAAGGAGCUCUUAUGAUCAAUGAUGAGCUCCUUCUUGAAGGAUUUAAAAAGUGCAAGUCUCUUGGUGCCUUGGCCAUGGUUCAUGCAGAAAAUGGGGAUGCUGUGUACGAAGGGCAGAAAAAAAUGAUAGAACUUGGAAUAACUGGUCCAGAGGGGCAUGCUCUUUCAAGGCCUGCAGUGUUGGAAGGAGAGGCAACUUCUCGUGCUAUACGCUUAGCUGAUUUUGUGAACACUCCAUUAUAUGUGGUUCAUGUAAUGAGCAUUGAUGCAAUGGAAGAAAUUGCAAAGGCUCGAAAAUCAGGACAAAGGGUAAUUGGAGAGCCUGUUGUCUCAGGGUUAGCCCUUGAUGAAUCUUGGCUGUGGCAUCCUGACUUUGAGACUGCAGCAAAGUAUGUCAUGAGCCCCCCUAUUAGGAAACAAGGACAUGAUAAGGCCCUUCAAGCUGCCCUUUCAACAGGAGUUUUGCAGCUGGUAGGAACUGAUCAUUGUGCCUUUAAUUCCACCCAGAAGGCUCUUGGGAUUGAUGACUUCCAGAAAAUUCCUAAUGGUGUCAAUGGCAUUGAAGAAAGGAUGCAUAUGGUAUGGGAACUCAUGGUGGAAUCUGGCCAAAUAUCUGUCACUGACUAUGUCCGAUUGACAAGCACUGAAUGUGCCAGAAUCUUCAAUAUAUAUCCAAGGAAAGGAGCUAUUCUCCCAGGAUCUGAUGCAGAUAUUAUCAUCCUCAAUCCAAAUUCAAGCUUUGAGAUAACUGCAAAGUCCCACCACUCCAGACUGGACACAAAUGUCUAUGAGGGAAGGAAAGGAAAGGGGAAAAUUGAAGUGACUAUAGCUGGAGGAAGAGUUGUUUGGGAAAAUAAUGAACUGAAGGUUGUUCCUGGUAUUGGGAGAUACAUACAAAUGCCACCUUUCAGUUAUCUGUUUGAUGGAAUGGAAAAGAAGGAUGCCUUUUAUCUAAAUUCCCUUAAAGCCCCAGUAAAUCGAGCCAAAUCCAGCACUUAAAAAAUUUAUGGGAUUCCUUUUUUGUAAAAUCUCAACAUUUUACUUGAGGGGAAAACAAAGAAGUGUGUUGAUCCAGUUUUCUGUUCAAAUAAGGUAAAAUAUGUAUAUUUAUGCACCGAAAAGCAUCAUAUGUAUAUUACAAUAGAUAAUAGAUAUGUUUCGGGCUACCUUUUUCACUGAUGUAAUGUACAUUGCAUAGAUUUUGUCUAAAACAAUUCGAGCAAAAGAGACAAUAGUUUUAAUAAGAUAAUGUACAAUAUAGCAAGCACAUUCAGAUUAUGACAGCUGCUGGUCAGGUUUCUAUUGGACUGUGUCUCAUGUACAUAAAUAUUGAGUCAGAUCCCUAGUGCUUUAAUAGCGUGCCAAUGGUUUUAAAAUCAGGGAAGGGCUAUGGUAAUACAGUUUACGGCCUAAUACAGCAAUUUAUGUAGGUCAGAAUUCUUCUUUUCCCCUGCAUGAUAACAAUCGAC